UGAAGUGCAGCGAAAAUUAACAGUUUCAGUCUUUUCUACUUCGCAGUCUCAAAAUUAUCAUCUUUAGGGGAGCUACAAUCUCAGAAUCAGUUUGCUCUGAGGACGGGUUUCCCAUUCGCGUUGUUUUUAACUGUUUGGUUUGAUUUAACAUCUCUAGUACUAUAGUGGAACUGUUUGGUAAUAUUGGUUUGCUUAGGAGCGAGCGAGCGUAGCGUACUUCUUUCUCAACGGAGAAGAUGGAUCUGUUGAGCAGUUUACCAGAAGAUGUUCGUGGUCAUAUAUUGUCCUUCCUCACCACAAAGGAGGCUGCUUUGACAUCGCUCCUCUCAAAGAAGUGGCGCAAUGUGUUUGCACUUGUCCCUAAUCUUGACUUGGAUGACUCUGAGUUUCUUCAUCCGGAAGAGGCUAAGUGGGAAAGUGAUAGUAUGCUUCAGAGCUUCAUGGGUUUUGUCGAUAUAGUAUUGGCUUUGCAAGGUACGUCUCCCAUUCGUAAGUUCUCCCUCAAGUGUCAAACUGGUGGGGUUUCUCAAGCUUGUGUCAAUCGUUGGUUAUGCCAAGUGCUGCAGCGUGGUGUAUCGGACCUUGAUCUCACCAUCGAGUUCGAAGAUGAUUUUUGUCUGCCUCAAGAGAUGUUCCUCUGUGAGACAUUAGUCAAUCUGAGAUUAAAAACCGAAUUUGGUGGUAUCCGUUGGUGUACUGGUGCUGAUGGCACUUUCUUACCAAUGCUUAAAAGUCUUGAUAUAGACUCUUGGAGGUUUUUAUGCGAUGAGAAGAUUGAGACGCUGCUUGCUUCUUUCCCUGUGCUCGAGGAAUUACGAUUGGUAGGUACGGAGUGGAAAGAUUCUGAUGAAACCGUGUCAAGUGCGACCCUCACUAAGCUACUUCUUAGCGCCACCGGCUCUGAAGCCUCUCGAAAACCAAAAAGCGUUUCUUUUGAUACCCCAAAUCUGCUUUCCUUAGCCUACUCUGAUUCUGUUGCUGAGGACUAUCCAUUGGUUAAUAUGAAAAGUCUAUUCAAGGCUCGUAUCAUCCUUGCGGUAGAUGAAGACCAAAUCGAGCAAAUACGAGCCCCAAAUAACUAUUUGUCAGAUGAUGAUGUUGUUCUCCGGUUUGGCAAUGUGGUAAAGCUCAUGAAGGGCAUACAAAAUGUCCAGCAACUUCACUUGCAUUCUGAUACCCUCGAGGUGCUUUCUCUCUGCUGUGAAUGGAUGCCUGUGUUCAACAACGUCAAAACGUUGGGCAUUAAGAGUGACGACGACCGAGGAUGGCAAGCAGUGCCUGCUCUUCUAAGGAAUUGUCCACAUCUGGAAAUCCUAACCUUUGAGGGUCUGGUGCACGAUGUGACAGAUAAAUGUGGGGAUGCUUGUGACUGCAUAUUCCGAAAGGAAAAAGGCCGGUCGCUCAAAUCUUGUCCAGUAAAAGUGGUAGAGAUCAAAGAGUUUAGAGUAACAAUGAAAGAGAUGCACCUGAUAGAGCAUUUCUUGGACAAUUUUCCAUGUUUGAAGGAGAUGAAGAUCUGUAGAGAAGAGUAUGGUCCUUCGCAGCUUAUGCACGACCCUGAAGUGUUUGAUCUCAUCUUGGACAUGAUAGACGAGUACGAGGAUUUAUAUAGUUGCAAUGUCCAACUCUACGAGCCAUGUGACAAGUGCGAAGUGGACUGAACAAUGAAGUCUUUGAACAAAGCCCCUCGGAAUUUGACUGAUCAGAUCCUUGCUUUGUUUUCAUUAUUAGCUAUGUGUAAUCUUUUAAUUAGCAUAUCCUGCUGGUGGCACAUUAUCCUCGGCUAGGCCAGACUGAUUGCCUGUUUUGCUUAAGUCCUCGUAAAACUUUCUGAUUGUUUUAGGUUAAUGAUUUUCAACCUGUGA